GGGAGGGGACGCCUCCCGCGCUCCGGCGUCCACUUCGGGGGUCCCAGGCCGGCUUGGGGGACCCCUGAGCGCGCCCCGCUGCUCGGCCCGGCCCCCUCGAGGGCGCCCCGGGAGCGGCCGGCUCUGAGCCCAGUUGUUUCCGCGACAGGAGGGCGCCCCGGAGCCCCCGGACCCCGCGUCCGGGUGGCAGAUGCCCCCCGAGAGGGCCGGAUAAGCGUCUGCGGCCGCGAAGUUCUGCCUGGACGGAGCCCCGGACGCAGCGAGUCGGCGAGAGAAGCUGCCAGGCGCCCCAUCUGCCUCCGGAAAGUUUGUCCUCGAGGAGUCGAGUGCGGGGGUCCCGGGGCCGCCCUCAGCGCGGACCCCGGCCGGCCGGCAUGGGACCUCGGUAAUGGAAGGCCCGGAGCAGACUUCCCCGCGCCGGCUGCGUGUUUGUCCGAGGGUCUAAAGUCCCAGAGGAUGACCUAGAACUUCAAACAGCCCAGCCGGCCUGCCAGGGCCCCGCGGACGAGUCGCUCGCGGCCGCCAGGCCGGGGCGCACCCCGACUACCCGCCCCGGCCCGCGCGGACUUGGGUUUCCUACAAUCGCUUCUUUUCCAAGAAGGGUUUUCUUUGGUGUUGGUUUGUGUUGACAUUUGGUGGUGAGAGGAAGAAGGGCUGGGCGGCGGGACUCGGCGCGGGUCCAGCAUGGAUGUGGUGGACCCCCAGCAGCUGGGCAUGUUCACGGAGGGCGAGCUGAUGUCUGUGGGCAUGGACACCUUCAUCCACCGCAUCGACUCCACCGAGGUCAUCUACCAGCCGCGUCGCAAGCGCGCCAAGCUCAUCGGGAAGUACCUGAUGGGGGACCUGCUGGGGGAGGGCUCCUAUGGCAAGGUGAAGGAGGUGCUGGACUCGGAGACGCUGUGCCGGCGCGCCGUCAAGAUCCUCAAGAAGAAGAAGCUGCGGCGGAUUCCCAACGGGGAGGCCAACGUGAAGAAGGAGAUCCAGCUCCUGCGGCGGCUGCGGCACCGGAAUGUCAUCCAGCUAGUGGACGUGCUGUGCAAUGAGGAGAAGCAGAAGAUGUAUAUGGUGAUGGAGUACUGCGUGUGCGGCAUGCAGGAGAUGCUGGACAGUGUGCCCGAGAAGAGGUUCCCUGUGUGCCAGGCCCAUGGGUACUUCUGCCAGCUCAUCGAUGGGCUGGAGUACCUGCACAGCCAGGGCAUCGUGCACAAGGACAUCAAGCCCGGAAACCUGUUGCUCACCACCAGCGGGACACUCAAGAUCUCCGACCUGGGCGUGGCCGAGGCCCUGCACCCGUUUGCUGAGGAUGAUACAUGCCGGACCAGCCAGGGAUCGCCAGCCUUCCAGCCACCUGAGAUCGCCAAUGGCCUGGACACCUUCUCUGGCUUCAAGGUGGACAUCUGGUCGGCGGGGGUCACGCUCUACAACAUCACGACGGGCCUGUACCCCUUUGAAGGGGACAACAUCUACAAGCUGUUCGAGAACAUCGGGAAGGGGGACUACACGAUCCCGGGCGACUGCGGCCCACCACUGUCCGACCUGCUGAGAGGGAUGCUUGAGUAUGAGCCGGCCCGGAGGCUGUCCAUCCAGCAGAUCCGACAGCACAGCUGGUUCCGGAAGAAGCACCCGCCGGCCGAGGCGCCGGUGCCCAUCCCCCCCAGCCCGGACACCAAGGAUCGGUGGCGCAGCAUGACCGUGGUGCCCUACCUCGAGGACCUGCACGGCUGCGCUGGCGACGCCGAGGACGAGGGCCUGUUCGACCUCGAGGACGACAUCAUCUACACUCAGGACUUCACGGUGCCUGGACAGGUCCCAGAGGAGGAGGCGGGUCAGAAUGGACAGAGCCGGGGCCUGCCCAAGGCCUUGUGCAUGAAUGGCACCGAGGUGGCCCAGCCGGCUCUCAAGUCAAAGGCUGAGCGCCGCACCAGCGCUUCCUCCAACCCUGCCCGCCGGGCCUGCUCUGCCAGCAGCAAGAUCCGCCGGCUGUCGGCCUGCAAGCAGCAGUGAGGAUGCCGCCGGCAGCCUGUCUGCAGGGGCCCUGGCCUGGUGCCACGUCCCAGGCCCUCAGUCUUCCCACCGACUCCUGGCCCGCCGCCAGCCUGGGAAGGACACCGCUACGCCCUCCAUGCUGGCUGCUCCUCUGGAAGUCGGGAGCAUCCUGGAGGGUCAGAGUCCAGCCCUGUGUCCUGGACCACCUGUGCACGGCACCUCUCGCCAACGGACACGACUUCCUGUUGACUUUUGCAGUUCUCCCCAGGCGAGGGGGGGGACGUCAGGGCCUGGGUCAGAGGGCAGGCCCUGCCCCCCAAGGCCCCGGCCACGUGCGAAGCCAUCGCGAUGCACUUUAUGUUUAGACUACUGGUGUCUCUGCCCCGCCCAGCCCGUUGUUUUGUUUUUACUCUGCUAUGUUAGAGCCUUCCACAGCUAGUGACGUGUUCAGACAGAUGACAGCCACAGACGAUGCCAGUGUGAAGCCACAGACCUCCCCUCCCUGCGAUGCGCGCCCCACCUCCGCGGGGGCCAAGUGGCUCCCUCUGGUUUUUGGUUGGUUGGUUCCUUUUUUAAGAAAACAAUAAAACAGGUGGAUUUGAGCUGUGGCUGUGAGGGGUGCUUGAUACUGCCGGGUGG